UACAGCAACAGCUUGAAAGCCUUGAAUAGCCGCAGCCUUUUCUAUUCUUAAACUUGAAGGAUAAUGUCCCUAGAAGAAGAAUCUCCCGAGGUACCUGGAGCUGAAGUCAAGCCUCCACAGGCUAACACUAGUGAUACUGAUGGGGCGACAGGAACACCAGUGGUGAUCGUGAAGAGCAAGAAGAAAGGAAAGAAAAGUGAUGGUGGAACUCGUUCAAAGCGUGUUGUUCCAAUUUGGUACUUGUUUCGAUUUUCAAGAUGGCCUGAUAUACUCAUGAUAAUCAUUGGUACCAUAAUGGCGAUAGCAGCUGGUUGUGCAUUACCGGCUCACAUGCUCAUGUUCGGAGAUGUCAUAGACCUCUUCAUCUCUUACGACCUCAGUCAAGACCUCAUUAAUAAUUUUGGUGUCUCAGUCCCUGGAGGAAGCAACGACUCCCUAGGAACCGGAGGAACUUCAGUCAUUGCUGGAGGAAACUCAUCUUAUUUUUGUGAUUUUUCGCAAGACGACUCUACAUCUAAUAUACUUCGGUUCCUUCGAUCCGAUGAUCGGGAUGGACUCCUACGAGGCGAUGUUGCCUAUUAUUCUUAUUACUAUGUUGCUCUAGCAACCGGUAUGGUGAUUGCAUCUUUCUUUUCAACGCUCUUUUGGAACCUCAGUGCAUAUCGGCAGACGAGAAAAAUGAGACUGGCUUUCUUUCGUUCGAUAAUGAGACAAUCUAUUGGUUGGUUCGACGUCAAUCCAUCAGGAGAACUAACUACCCGCUUGUCAGAUGAUAUAGAAAGGAUUCAAGCAGGCAUAGGCGAUAAAGCUGCCAUAUUCAUACAGUACUUCACAACGUUCAUUGCUGGGUUCUUCAUCGCUUUCUUUCGUAACUGGAAACUCACUCUCGUGGUGGGAACCAUGUUACCAGUCCUGUCCUUCCUCACCGGAUGCGUAGCUACUAUCGUUGCAAAGUUUACAGUAAGAGAACAGAAUGCUUAUGCUUCAGCAGGAUCUGUAGCUGAAGAAGUACUUUCUUCAAUAAGAACAGUGCUUGCUUUUGGUGGAGAAGAGAAGGAGAUUGAAAGAUAUCAGGGUACGUUGGGUAGAGCUAAGAGUGAAGGAUUUAAGAAAUCAUUUGCAACCUCGGCCGUGACUGGUAUACUGUUCUUUGUCAAUUUCUCAACAUUUGCAUUGGGAUUUUGGUAUGGAGCUGUCCUUAUAUCAAACUGUGAGCUAAGAGCUGGCCAAGUUGUCACUGUAUUUUUUGGUGUCGUCAUUGGCAGUUUUUCUCUCGGUAACGCACUCCCUGAACUGCAGACUUUUGCUACUGCAAUGGGAUCAGCUACUGGAGUAUUCUCCGUCAUUGACCAUGAAUCUGAGAUCGAUGUUACCCAGUCAACUGGUGAUACUAUAGAGUCUCUUAAGGGAAAUAUCGAACUAAAAGACGUCAUUUUCAAAUACCCAGCUCGUCCCAACGUGCCAGUAUUGAAUGGGCUGGACCUUAAGAUAAAAUGUGGUCAAACUGUUGCACUUGUUGGGGCCAGUGGGUGUGGCAAAAGCACUGUGAUACAGUUACUGCAGAGAUUCUAUAAUCCUAUUGCUGGUCAGAUCACAAUUGACGAAAAACCCAUUGAGUCUUUAAACCUGAGAUGGUUGAGGAGCAACAUAGGCGUCGUCUCACAAGAGCCUGUCCUCUUUGACUGCAGUAUUGCCAAGAACAUAGAAUAUGGAAAAGUUGGAGCAUCCGAAGAAGAGAUAGAGGCAGCAGCUCAUGCAGCAAAUGCUCACAACUUUAUAUCAGAGCUACCUGACGGGUAUGAUACUCUUGUUGGCGAGAAAGGAGCUCAGUUGAGUGGUGGACAGAAGCAACGUAUUGCUAUAGCAAGAGCUCUAGUGAGGGACCCAAAGAUACUCCUACUGGAUGAAGCUACCUCAGCUCUUGACACAGAGAGUGAGAAGAUUGUACAAGAGGCACUGGAUAAAGCAAGGGAAGGACGUACAACUAUCAUAAUAGCUCAUCGCCUGUCAACAAUACAGCAAGUUGAUCUAAUUGCUGGCAUUGAAGAAGGUAGAGUAGUAGAGAUGGGCACUCAUAAAGAACUACUGGAAAAGAAAGGACUUUAUUAUGAACUGGUCCAAGCACAGACUAUUGAUGAACAAGAUGAGAAGAGCAACACUUCCCUAUCUGGUUUCAGGGCUGCUGUCCGUCGCUCCACAAGUCACCAGUCAUUCAAGAGACAGCGAAGCACUCACAGCACAAGCUCUGACGACUGGAAAGGACCUCCUUCAUUGGAGCGUCAGACCUCAAAUCAAUCCGAUGUAUUCACUGUCAUUAGUGAUCACUUAUCACGGAUUAGCAUUGAGGAUAUACCAGUAGUAGCUCAUCCAUCUCCUCUACCGUAUAGAAGAAAUAACAAGGACGCUAAUGAAGAUAGAAAUAAAGAUAGCCCCAGUAAGAAAGUAAUGAUCGUGAAACCUUCAAAGAAUACGGAUAAGUCAGUUCAUUUUAAUGUGAAUGAGGACGAGGAACAGCUCCAGUUGAAAAAAGAUAAGAGAAGAUCGAGUUCACUUGACUCGAAAGACACGGAAAAAUUAGACAAAGUUCCUUUAAAAGAAUUACUGAAACUUAACAUUCCGGAUUGGUACCUAGUUAUACCAGGUGUUAUAUUUUCUGCUAUUCAAGGGGCAAUGUUUCCUCUAAUUGCCAUCAUAUUCAGUAACAUACUAGAAAUAUACAGUAAUCCUGAUAGGGAAGAGCUCCUAAGAGGUGCUUCGGAAUAUUCAACCUAUUUCGUUGCUCUUGCAGUUGGAGCUGGAUUGGUCCAGUUUUUUGCUACCUCUACAUUGAGUGUAGCUGGCGAAAGGCUAACAGCAAGACUCCGUGUGAAGACAUUUAAGGCAAUGUUGAGACAAGAGGUUGGCUGGUUUGAUAGAAGAGAGAAUGCAACUGGGUCCCUCACACAAAGAUUAGCUAUUGAUGCUUCCGAAGUCAAAGGAGUGACUGGAAUUCGAUUUGGUAUUCUUCUCCAGUUGAUAUUUGGUUUCAUAACUGCACUAGUAAUAGCCUUCACUGCUGCCUGGCUCCUAGCCAUUGUCCUCUUCAUUGCUUUCCCAUUCCUUGCUGUUGUUGGCUCGCUACAGAUUCGACUAGCAAAAGGAAGAUCAGUUAGAAAUAAAGAAUUGCUCUCCGAAGCUGGUCAGACUUCGACUGAAGCAAUCGAUAAUGUGAGAACCGUAGUCUCGCUCGGAGCUGAGGAGAGAUUUGUUGGAAAAUAUGAUAAACUUCUUGAAGAACCUUUUAAAGCCAAUAUAAGACAGGUAUUGAUUCAAGCAGUCAUAUUUGGUGUGGCCCAAGGGACUAUAUUCUAUAUGUAUGCUGCAGGGUUUAGCUUAGGAGCUGUACUGGUAGUUUCUGAUCCUUCAAAACCCUAUCAUGCAACAUAUGACGAGCUCUUUAGGGUAUUUUCAGCUGUUGUCUUCACAGCACUUACUAUGGGGCGUGCCUCAUCCUUUGCUCCUGACGCUCAAAAAGCUCAACUGUCUGCCGCCCGUAUAUUCAAUCUAGCCAACAGGGAACCAGAGAUUGAUAAUUAUGACACUGAUGGAGAAAAACUAGCUACUACUACUGGACAUAUUGAAGUGAAGAAUGUUUAUUUCAGGUAUCCAGCGCGUCCAAAUGUGCCAGUACUUCAAGGUCUGUCAGUCUCUGUAGAACCAGGCCAGACUCUUGCACUUGUGGGUCCCAGUGGGUGUGGUAAGAGCACAAUUGUGUCUCUGAUUGAGAGGUUCUAUAAUCCGCUUGGUGGAAGCUUGAAACUGGAGGAGCAGGAUAUUCGGGAUUUGAAUAUUCGGUGGUUGCGUAAUCAGAUUGGUAUAGUAUCACAAGAGCCAGUAUUGUUUGAUAAAUCAAUUGCUGAUAAUAUACGCUAUGGAGCUAACUUUAGAGAAGUGACUGAUGAAGAGGUCAUUGAAGCUGCUACAGCUGCUAACAUACACAACUUCAUACAAACACUGCCUCAGGGUUAUGCAACCAAUGUUGGGUCUAAGGGCACUCAAUUGAGUGGUGGACAGAAACAACGUAUUGCUAUAGCAAGAGCUCUAGUGAGAGACCCAAAGAUACUCCUACUGGAUGAAGCUACCUCAGCUCUUGACACAGAGAGUGAGAAGAUUGUACAAGAGGCACUGGAUAAAGCAAGGGAAGGACGCACGUGUAUAGUAAUAGCUCAUCGCCUGUCAACAAUAUACAAUUCAGAGAAGAUUGCUGUAAUUCAUAAUGGACAGGUUAUAGAGUUGGGGACUCAUGCUGACCUAAUGGAGCAGGAAGGAGCUUACUACCUCUUGAAUACAGUCCAGAAGAAAGAAGAAGAGGAAGAAGUAGCUGAACUAUGAAAUUUUUAUGUAUGCAACAGUGUGUAUAGACUUUAAUUUGCAUAAUUUGUUAUUAGUGCUGUUUAGUGACGGGAAUUAUAAUGUAUGGAGA